CCUUGACAUAGCCCAUUAUAUACUUGGUGCCCUAGGUCAUUGAUUCCUAUAUAUAUAUAAAAUAUAUAUAGCCUCUCCACGGCUUCAGUUCGUUCUCAUUUGCCCUAGCACACAGAGGCGACGCCUCGCUACACUAUCAGAUUUGCAAACUAGUUUUCAAUUAUCUCUUCCGCGAAAGAUGGCUCUGAGCGAUCUCGCUUGCACCUACGCUGCUCUCAUCCUCCACGACGAUGGCAUCCCCGUCACUGCAGAGAAGAUUGCGACAUUGGUUAAGGCUGCGAACGUGCCUAUAGAAUCCUACUGGCCAGGCCUCUUUGCCAAGCUUUUUGAGAAGAGGAACAUUGAUGACCUCAUCAUGAACGUUGGAUCUGGUGGAGGUGGUGCCGCCGCGGCCUUUUCCGCUCCCGCUGCUGGCGGUGGUGCCGCUGCCGCCCCUGCUGCCGCUGCUGCUGUUGAGGAGAAGAAGGAAGAACCGAAGGAAGAGAGUGAUGACGAUAUGGGAUUCUCUUUGUUUGAUUAGGAGCUACGUUCAGUGUGUUUUGGUAUUCCUCUAGAUGAUUAAGAACUAUUGAGAUUUUUGUUUUUUCUUUUCUGCAAUUAUGAUAGUUGUCUGAAGAUUUUUUAUUUCGAAACAUCUGAUUUUUGUUAUGUGGGGUUUGUGUUCUAAGUAGUAUUCUUUACAAAACAUGUUAUCGGGUGAUAAUUUUUAAUUUUUGUUAGUC